AUGAUCCGAAGACAUCUUGGUCUCCUUUUCGGUGGUCAUCUUUUAUUUCACUGGAUACCCAUUUUCUUUCUGGUAUCUGGUCAAACUGAAGAGGAAAUUUUCACUACCCAACGACGAACCGGAUACGCUUGUGAAGGGUCAAGUUUAACAUUAUCUUGUGGUGAUCCUUACAUAAUAAACUUAAUACGUGCCAAUUUUGGUCGUUUUAGUAUUUCAACAUGUAAUUCCCAAGGAAAUCUUGAAUGGAGUGUAAAUUGUAAAUCACCUGAAUCUUUUGCCAAUAUUCAAUUAAAUUGUAAUCGAAGUUGUCCGUCAUCACCAUCAUCAUCUUCAUCAUCUUCUUCACUUUCCUCUUCCCUAGACUCUUCAUCAUUACCUUCAUCAUCAUCACCAUCCUCACCAUCUUCAUCUUUUUCAUCAUCUUUUGAUGACAACUGGUCUUUGUUACCUCAAUCAUCUUUCUCCCAAUCUUCACCCUUCUCUCUAAGUGAACAGAGCUCUAACAAUAAGCCAAAGAACCAAAGUCCACCGCCCAUCAUAAUACCAACAAUUAAUCCAUACCGAACUAGUAGUCCACAGAUUUCACCUUCACCUCCAUUAUCACCCAAAAUUGAACUCAUCUCAGAAUUUUCACCCUCCCCACCACCAUCACAACCACAGCCCCCAAUUGAUUUUGAUCUAUCAACCCGUUCAAUUUUAGAUAUUGACUCUAAAUAUGAUGAAAAUUCAUCUAGAAUUUAUGAGGAAAAUUUAUACAUACCACCACCAAGUGGAUCAUCUUCCGGUCAACUUUAUUACAGUAAUUUAGAAAAUGAAGGAACAAUUCGUAUUCUUUUAAUUCUUGGAUCAACUCUAAACUCAAUUAUUCUAUUAAUUGCCUUGGUUACCCUUGUCCUUAUUCGUUCACUGCAAACCAAGGAAUCAGCAUUGAUUCGUAAAAAUGUUACAAUCAAUUUAUUACUCGAUCAUCUUGUGUUAUUAUUAAUUCUGGGUACUUACCUUUCACCAAACUAUUUCAAUACAACAUCAAUUUCAUCAUCAUCAUCAUCAUCAUCAUCAUCUAAUUCAUUAACAACCAACACUUCAACCCUUCGUUCAUUAGGUUUUCUUGUUGCCUUAUAUCAUUAUUUUCUUCUUGUUCAUUUUGUUUGGAUUCUUUUUGAUCUUGAUCUUGAGCUUCAUGUACGCCUAUCAAGGAAACAAUUUAUUGAUCCAUCUCUUGUCCUUGGUCCAUCAGGAACCGUUUCUGCCUCUGUGAAUAUCUCAUCAACUGCCACCACCACCACACCAACAACAGCAACAACAGCUUCAAUACUUACCGGUGGCAUAAAUCCAGUUAAAUUGAGACGCUAUCUUUACCUAACAUCAUAUUUGAUACCAUUAAUAGUUAUUUUACUCAUCUCUUGGUCAACAUCAACACAAGCCUUACCAAUGUUUGCCAAUCUUUGCUCACUUGAGGCUCGUUCUCAUCUUGCUUCAUUUGUCAUUGCCUCGUCUAUCAUAUUAACUGGCCUUGGAUUAGUACUUCUUUUAGUUACCUAUUCAAGAAUUGGUUUACAUACAUCUUCUUCAUCAACUGGUCAAUCAUCAUCUUCACCAGUAUCUCCAGGUUCUGUUGGAGGUUUUGUUUAUCCAUCCGGAUUAAUGACCAGUGCAGAUAAAUUUGCAUUAGAUUUAAUGUUAAAUCGGAAGCUAAAAAUUUCAUUAUUUUGUCGUUUCUCACUUAACCUGUUGGCUGCCAUUAAUUGUACUCUAGGCGUUGUUUAUUUAACUUACAGGGUAUCAACCAUUGGAUUCUUAUUUGCCCUUACCAAUGUUUCCCUUGGAUUAUUUGUGUUCUCUUACUAUUGUUUAACCAAAGAGAAUAUUCGUUCCCGUUAUUCUCUAAUAUGCUCUUAUGCAGCAAGACACAUUUUUUGUUUAAAAGGUGAUUCCAAAAGCUAUCUGGAUAAUCCUCAUCCCGUACAUCAUGGGCAUCAUCAUUCUCACCAUCCAAAUGUUGUACAUCACCUUCCUCUUAAUAGUGGCCUUAUUUCUAGGGGAUUCGUUUUCGGAGGUUAUAAUAAGAAUCCAUCUAUUCAAAAUCUUACUGGAAAUCCAGCUCAAUUAUCACAGCCCAUGAUUGGUAAUUCAUCUAGUAUGGGUGGAUUAUCCCGAGAGUUUUCAUCAUCGCGUCAUUAUCUUGCCAGUGACGCUGCCACCACCGAAAGUGGAUCUGAUUAUGGUUGUCGUAGGUUAACACCGGCUGCAGUUGCCGCAGCUGCUGCAGCCGCUGCUGCCGGUAACGGUCCUAAUAUGGCUACACAUGGACCAACACCUAAUCAUUUUUAUCAUUUAUAUAAUCCUAAACAAUCAUGUAAUCCAUACUCUUGUCAUCACAUGAUUGAACAUGUAUAUGAAUGUAUUGAUGAUGAACCUUACGUUGCCAAGGUAAUCCUACCUCCUGGUUCAACCGUUGCCUCAGCCGCUUUAGGUAAUUACAGGUUGCAUUCCAUGGCAGCAGCGGCAGCCGCUGCGGCUGCUGCUGGUGGAGAUCAUGGUCAUCAUCUUCAUCAACUUCACCAUUUCCAGCAAACAUUACCCAAUCACUAUCUUGGUUAUCAUAAUUUAGAGUCACUUCACCUAAGAAAUGGACAAUUUGCCGUUUCAACAGGAGCUCCAACAUCAUCAGGCCUAACGACAACAACCAAUCCAUCUACAACCACACAAGGAACACCAGUAACAUGUUCAAAUGGUUUAAUUGGAAACACAUUACCCGCUAUUGUCAGUGAUAACAGUGGUCGUCGUACAAUAAUUUGCAGUAAAUCUAGUUCAAAUUUAGCCCAUGAAGGUGAUCUAACCAAUGGAUCCAAUAAUAGUACCAACCUUGGAACCUUUAACGGAAACAAUGACAUUAACAAUCACUCUCUUGGUAUUAACAAUGGAGCACCAGUUUUAGCUGUUCUCGGUUCAAAUAACCGAGUAAUUUCAUCAUUUACCAAUUCACAUCUUCAACAGCAACAACAAGGCAUCAACAUUUAAUGAUGGUUAAAAACCUCUGUUGAUUUUUUCAUCAUCAUUAUGAUUUUUUUUUCUCGCUCUCUCUCCCCUGUUUCAAUUUCAACUUCUUCAGGGAAAACCAACCAAACAAUUUGACUGUGAUACAAAUGCCAAAAUUUUUCUUUUCUAAAUAGUUGUAAUUUGCUUUCAGUCCAAACAUAACGGUACAAAUUAAUUUCUCAUCUUUUCCUUGACAAUAAUUUAGUUAUCCACGUCAAUUGUUUUUCUCUGUGAAUUGUUUGUAAUACAAUGGACUCUUAUGAGAAUUUGAUUAAAGAUUAUUGGACCAAUGGA